AUUCGGCACGGGACCCCGAAGGCCAAGUUGAAGUUCAAAGCCGCUAGACGCAGUAGCCGGUACAGAGUUUGUAGAGCAGAAAAUGGCCGCAGCCGAAGCCGCAGGCGCGCCGGCAUGAAUUUGAACCAUAGACCGACAGAGGCGCUCCGUAGCGGGGACUCGUCACAGUUACAGCGCCGCUGCGAUACAGCCAAACACACCGAUCAGUAUCAGUGUACAACAAUGCAUUCUCGUAGGUCUUAUAUCUGUUCUUGGUAUUUAUGUAAAUGUAUUUUUCUAAAAGGUUCAUGAUCUGGUAACUGUAUCCAAUUCUGCAAGCAUGUGGACGUGAAUACCACACGAGUGCUUGCACUUUCUGGGACAUUCUACUCUAGGAACAGCCGGCCAGCAUUCGAUUAUUACAGGUCCAAUUUGUCAUAAUCAUAGUCCUUGCGACUUUGACGCGAAUUCCACGUGAACCUUUUAAAAAAUAAUAAUUAAAAAAAAAGCCUGAGAAUUUUGAUAGCUUGCACAAUCAUGCUGAUUUGUGUCAUUAAAUAAGUUGUUUAAAGUUACGCAGUUUUAGUUUUCACGUUUUCAGGGCACAUAUAAUGAAAGUGGACUCUCCGUGCCCUUUCACUUAGAGAAUGUCAGUACCGUUACCGAAUUAUUUACUUUUUUUUUUUUUUAGACCAUAAAGGAUAUGAAUAGUUAGGCUGUAGCUGGCCAGGGGAGUUUCUGUAAUAUGCUGCAUGGCUGUCCUGAGCACAUUCCAUAACACAAAAAUCGCACUACUGAUGCAGAACAUGAAGUCGUUAAGUAGUGAAAACAGAAAUAGACACCGAUGGUGAUUAUGGUGAGUUUUGUGGUGCACGGAAGGACACGCUAUUCACACGAACGAAUAUAGAAAAUAAGUUGAAAAUAUGACAUCGGAGAACCGUAGUGGCGGUUGGGCAGCAGCAAUCGGUUUUGCUGAGCCGCGAAUCUGAUACGAAGCAUUGGUUGUUGACACAGGGAAUGCCUGUGUCCCGCAGUCCGCGUUUCUUUAUUCAUUCAUUUUAUCAAGCUGAAUGUUCAUUUUGAGGAAAACAAACAUGUAAUGUAGCCUACAACACUCCGUCCAGGACAAACUUGGGUAACCUGUGUUCACGUGGUCGCACCUGUCUCAGUAGGCUAUAUGGUUUCCUUAUAUGAGUCUGAAUAAAAUACAUUGCCAGUAGUUAUGUAUACAUACUAAUCCUACACAAACACAUAUGUUUCGAGGCAUAACAGUCUUGAGCAAAUUGUAAGCAUGCUUUCGCCAGUGACAUUACUGCAAAGGACUCUGCUGCACUAGAUAUUAUUUAGGUUACACCUCCAGAUGAUUCAUAUCCUGCAUUCAUUCCCGGCUUUUUUUUUCAUGUUAAUAUUUUAUGUUUUAACAUAGUUCUUACUAGAGUUUGUACAAUAACUGUUAUAAUGUUUAAACACCGCCUGGGUGAAACAAGAAACUGGUUUGAUUUUUGUGAUGAUUUACACCAAGCCUACUAGAUAUACUUUCCAUUUAGCACACAAGAGAAAUUUGAAUCUGUUCUUUUCGUGAUGUGGAGAUCCUUACACCAUCCUUACAGUUCUUUCAUAAAGUGUCACACUAUUUUCUAAUGACAAAACGCGUGGUUCUAAGUUUACGCAUAUUUACGCAUUUGCUUAUUUGGAUUGGUCGCACAUUUUAAGCCCUUAAUGAGUUAAAACAGGCUAUCUCUGAAACUGAAUUAGAUUUCUCUUUGCAAUAAAAUUGUCGAGAAUUUAGGACUAUUAUCCUGGUUGUCUCGCAGCCUGGAGAGCUCUAUUUUGUAUUUUUCAUCAAUGGCAAAAUUAUUAUCUGGAGUCGUGGAGCCUUAGCCGACCCAAUGAACGCCGUUUAAUGCUGCCACUUGUUUAUUUCCACAAAACUUGAUACCGAAGGCAGAAGUGUGUGCUAUUCCAUGACCUUUGAGUUUUAAAGAAAUCGAUUCCAGUCGUUAAUCUGAAGACUGUUGAAUGAAAAUGAGCCGCGAGCUCCAGCGUUCUUGUUCGGAGUGUAUCGCACGAGCGCAAUCACCAUUCUCGCUCCCUCUGACUGGGGAAAGGAGGGAGGGAAUGAGUGAGGGAGUGUGCGAGCUCGCAGGGGAGAGAGAAAGUCAUUUGCUUUUUGUUUAUGAAACAUCUCUUUCGGACGCUGCACCUGAGCGAGAGAGAGAAAGAGUGUGUCGUAUUUACGAGUUUAUUUUGUGAACUGUGCGGAUCACGCUGGACCUUGGAAAUCGGGGAUACUGCAUCUUUAAGUUCCUUAUUUUCUGGGAUGGGCUAUUUUCAGAACGUCAUUUCAUUCCUCCCUCUUUUUCAUUUUCUCAUUCUUUGAUUCUUUCUCUCCCCCAUUUCCUAAAUGGAACAGAUUUAUAGAUCUUCCACCUAUCCAAGCGUUCUCUGCGCAUUCUGUUCAAAGUUAUAUUUGUCUUCUACAAUUUUUGCACUUUAUAUUUUGUUGCAUCGCGAUUUUUUCGGAGGGCUUUAAGUUUCUACCGACUCAAAAUCGGAUGAUGUUGAUGGUGGUGGUGAUGGUGGUGAUGAUGAUGAUAAUUGCGAAGAAAUGAUUCAGUGACUUCUCAGUUUUUUUUCCACUUGCGAAGUCAUAAGUUCCAUUGCACCAUGAUGUAUUCUCCUCUCUGUCUUACUCAGGACGAGUUCCAUCCGUUCAUCGAGGCGCUCCUCCCGCACGUCCGCGCCUUCGCCUACACCUGGUUCAACCUGCAGGCGCGCAAGCGCAAGUACUUCAAGAAGCACGAGAAGAGGAUGACGAAGGACGAGGAGCGCGCGGUGAAGGACGAGCUGCUGGGCGAGAAGGCCGAGGUCAAGCAGAAGUGGGCGUCCCGCCUGCUGGCCAAGCUGCGCAAGGACAUCCGGCCGGAGUGCCGCGAGGACUUCGUGCUGGCCAUCACGGGCAAGAAGGCGCCCUGCUGCGUGCUCUCCAACCCCGACCAGAAGGGCAAGAUCCGCCGCAUCGACUGCCUGCGGCAGGCCGACAAGGUGUGGCGGCUGGACCUGGUGAUGGUCAUCCUGUUCAAGGGCAUCCCGCUGGAGAGCACGGACGGCGAGCGGCUGGUCAAGGGCGGCCACUGCACCAACCCCGUCCUCUGCGUCCAGCCCCACCACAUCACCGUCUCCGUCAAGGAGCUGGACCUCUACCUGGCCUACUUCGUGCAGGAGAGGGAGGCAGAGCAGAGCAGCAGCCCCCGCACGGGCAUCGGCUCCGACCAGGAGGACAGUCGAGCCGCGAACAUGGGUACGAGCUCAUUUCAGGAGAGCUUUGUGGCAUCGGGAGUCUUUAACGUCACAGAACUCGUGCAAGUGUCCAGAACUCCUGUGGUGACGGGCGCAGGCCCCAACUUCUCCCUGGGGGAGCUGCAGGGUCACCUGGCCUACGACCUCAACCCUUACACCUCCUCCAGCGGGUCAGUCCCAAACACACUCACACAGCCCAGCACCUCCUCCAGCGGGAGUAAGAGGCACAAGUCCGGCUCCAUGGAGGACGACAUCGACACCAGCCCCGGGGGGGAGUACUACACCUCGCCCAACUCCCCCGCCAGCAGCUCCCGCAACUGGCAGGACGAGAUGGAAGGAGGGAUUUCCCCCACCGUUAAGAAGACGGAAAUGGACAGCCCGUCUCCGCAGGACAACUCCCCGCGCCUGAGCAGCUUCACGCAGCACCACCGGCCUGUCAUCGCCGUGCACAGCGGUAUCUCCAGGAGUCCCCACCCCUCCUCCGCUCUGCACUUCCCCACCACCUCCAUCCUGAACCAGUCGGCCUCCGGCUACUUCCCCCACACGGCCAUCCGCUACCCGCCGCACCUCAGCUCCCAGGACCCGCUCAAAGACCUGGUGUCCCUGGCCUGCGACCCGUCCAGCCAGCAGCCCGGCCCGCUGAACGGCAGUGGGCAGGUGAAGGUGCCCAGCCACUACAUCUCCUCCCAGAUGCUGGCCCCCCCGCCGCCCCCCGGCAUGCCCCGCCUCUCGCUGCCCACCGACUCCAAAUCCAGCGCCACCACCUCCGAGGGCGGAGCCAAUUCGCCUACGUCUCCCACAUACUCGGCCCCUGGGACGCCCCCCAACCGUCCCUUUGUAGGUAUCGGACCCCGGGACCCUGGAGGGCUCUACCAGGCGCAGUCCUGGUAUCUGGGGAACUGAACAAGAUGAGGAUGAGCCUGAGGGGCAUGGACAUAAAGAUUUGAGAUUCUAAAUUUUUUUUGUGGAAUUAAGAAAAAAAAAUUGCAAAGGAGAUGCAAGAGGGAAAACACAUAUAUGUGUAUAUAUAUACAUACAUGUGUGUGUGUGUGUGUGUGUAUGUAUGUGUGCAUAUGUAUAUAUACAUAUGUGUGUAUGUACGUAUGCAUAUGUAUAUAUAUAUAUAUAUAUAUAUGCAGAGAUGUAAAAGAUACUGCAGCUGGCCUUUUCGAGUGGAAAGAGUGAAAGAGAAGAUGGAGAGAAGAGAGGAGAGAGAGAAGAGGAUUCUUGGGGGUGACUGGGAUGGACAGUGGGGCAGAAUUUCUACCCCCGCCCCCCCACCUCCUCUGCAAUGCCCCUGCCUAAUCAUCCUUCCUCUGCUACAGGUGCUCCUUCCUCAUAUAUGCAAAACAAGUAUCCUUUAUUUUCUUAAUCGACAAGAGAGUGAAAAGUGAAAGAAGUGUUUCCAAGCGAUUAUAUUUUUCCAGAAGUUUUGGGACGACGCUGAUGGUUCCUGUAUUGAAGCUAGGGAGGGGGAGGGGAGGGGAGGGGGGAGGGAGGGGGAAGGGGGGAUUAGAUGGGAUGGAAAGUUGACAACUGGUCAAGACCCUCUUUAUCCAACAUUGUGACUAUAACUAAAAAAAGGUCUGUGUUUUAUUGAGUUCCUUAGACAAUCAUUUAUGCCUGUUCAUUUUUAUUUCUUUUAACUUUUCUUUUUUGUUUAAGGGGGGGGUGUGUUUGGGGAAAAAAAGGUCUCCUUGUAAGCAGCCAGAUGUAUUACAGUAACUGGCUUGUUGUUGUGGAGGGGGUGGUUCUGUUUUCGUCUUCAGAGACCAGUACUCAGUGAUGACCAAUGACGGGAAGCUGACCCUCAUAGCAGGGGAAGAGGGCGGGGGGAGUUAGCCGUGCGCUGGUUAGCCGCUAGGUUAGCCGGUUCGCUGCGUGGGCGUGUUGGCGAAUGGCGGUGUGCGCUGCAGUUAAGGGCCCCGCUGUCUGACGCUAGGCUGAAGAACGGAGCGGCAACAGGUAGAAAACGGAACAGGUGAGGAGCAGACAGGCCUUGAGGCGGAUAUUCAGCCCAUGUGCACACACCUGUGCUUCCGGAAGGUUCGCCGUGCAGGAGAGCGGGCAGGUGGUGUAGUCUGAGCUGCCCGUACGCAUUUGUGACCUGAACCGUGAGCGGUUGGAGAGCUAAACAUUUUGAUUGGUUCAAAACAGAGUGAUUGACGGAUCGUUGUAGCUCCGCCCCUUUUUGAAUUUCAUCGCCACUCCAGGAAGUGGCGGGUCGACGCCCAACCCCUCUCCCGUCCCAUCUGGGAAUCGCCUGAAUGUGCAGCACUAAGCAGAGGCACGAAACUUGGAACGAGGCACUUUUUAAACUCUUUUUUUCUUCCAAGUGUUGAGGAACAGCCUGUGCCCCCCCCCCCCCACUUCCCCUUCCCCCUUCUGGCAGGGAGACCUGGCCCUGUUUCAUCUGUAUUUUUAAUUUCUGAGGCCAGAUUUAUGACCUUUUGAAGCAGUUUUUUUUUUUUUUUUUUUUUUUUAAAGAAAACUAUUUGGUAAAUCCGGGGAGAACGUGUUUCUCUCCUGAUCAAAAGCUGCUCUCUUCUCCUAGUUUGUGUAAGACCCCAACAUCUGGAGCCACCCCCCCCUCCCCAGCCUCCCCAUAGUCACAGACUUGUCUCCCUAUUACAGUUUUUAUUGGGGUAAUUCACAGGGUUUAUUUUGCACGGUGAAGCAGUGACUACUACAGUAGUUAUGUCACUAGUGCUGCAGUAUUGAGCGUGGAGGAUGAACAUUCUUCGCUUUGUGUACUUAGUUUAAGAUUGCAUUGGAAAUGAAAGGCGUUGCACUACUCUGAUUUUAAUUCUCUUCUUUAGCAGCUGAUUUUAUUCUAUUUUAUCCUUUUCAUUUUUUUUAUUUGUUUGGCGCAAUCGAUACGAUAUGCCGCAAGUCAGAAGUAGGUUUUUAGGGGUUUUUUUAGGGCGUAGUGUUUUUGUGUUCAUUUGGUAGCAGGGUACAUGGUGUGUGAGCGUUGGCUUUCUGAAGUUAUUACAGUGUAUUGCAACUUUUUUUUAUCCCGCCCUAGUGCACUUAAAUAUUCUGUAUGUGUAUCCAGAAGAUGUCUUGUGUGUGUAGAAGUACAGGAAAAAUGAACAGAUUUGGAUUGACUGGACUGUCCAGCCCAGUUUGCUUAUAUUUAACUGUUUGUUCCCACAUAAUGGAGACUCGAUAUUUCCCCCUUUUUUAAAAAAAAAAAAAAAAACGAUGCUCUCUUUAUGUAAUACUUUAACAAAAAAGAAAGUAAUUUAUGAUGACAUUUUUCAAAUCACGUGUCGCACACUGAUGGGAAAUGGGAAUGUGAGUGAGUGGAUUAUCUGGGUAUCAGCUUCUGAGGCAACCCCAGGUGUACUGGCUGCUGUGCUUAGCCGCUUGCACAUUGGCGCCCCCAACAGGCCAACAGCGGUAUAGAACAAUUGAACAUUUUUAUGAAGACAAAAGAUACUUGUACCGUUAAAAUUAACAGCCACAAACCAUUUUAAAAUGGCAAAGAAACCAGAAGUAUUAAAAUUAUCCCAGAAAAAGGUUAAAAAUAAUUUUUUUUUUUCCACAUAAACAUAUAUAUACAUAUAUUUGCAGUUAGCAAGCUUUCUACAUUGCUAUUUGAAAGCAUACAUGUAGCUGUUGAAUAACACUAACUAACCCGUAAUUUUUCUGGAGAGAAGCCCACGCGGACCUUAAAAAAGAGCAGGCAAAAUCGCAUCCAUAGUGUGCACCCUAAAUGUGAAUUUUCACACAAGGAUAAACAACGAUUUCACAUCGCGGAGGUAUCCUUGUGCAGUUGUCGCCUUGUGUACGCGCGUCUUACUGUUAUAGCUCGAGAAUACCAGUAUGAAAACAAUUAAGAAUAACAUCAGGGCUAAUGAUUUCCAAACCAAACCCAAACCGUGAAGCCAUAAAAAGUGCCUAAAAUAAUGAUUUUUUCCCCCCCAUUUUUCUCUGUAAAGUUAUUUUUUUUCUGUCUUUGUGUGUUUGAGUGUGCGUGAAAGAGAGGUGAGCCUCAGUUAGCUCCUGCUAGGCUACAGGUGAGACAGGGAAAUCGUGUGAGACUGAGAGAGGUGGACAGGUUCUACAGUGCUCUGAGCGCGCUACACCUUUUCAAAGGCUACCGCUACCGGCGGGGACCGUCGAAGGAAACAACACGCGAAACGCCCUGUGUUUGCGCUAACAGCGCGCGCAUAAUCGAACUGACACACAUCAAACAUUCAUACACGCGUGCGUGCGUGCGUGCGUGCGUGCCUGCGUGUGUGUACGUGCGUGCGUGUAUGGCUUUCAUAAGCAGCUUUUCAAAGUAAUACUGUGCAUUUAGCAUUUAGCUACCUAGCGAUAACCUUCAGAUUGCAGCUUGGCAGAUUGCAAACUUUGAAUUGGUGUUGACUGCUGCCGUUCAGCCUUCUACCCCUUUUUUAAAGACAGAAUAUGACGACUUUUUAAAGGUGCUGAUAUAAAAUUGUACUGAAAAAAAUAAAUAUAUAUAUAAUAUAUAAUAAUGCAUGGUGCUUUCAAACAAGAAAAUCAAGUGAUUUUUAGCCGUACUAACCAGCGUAGCGCUGUUGUGGGUGCAUGGCUGAGACGCGUUCGUUUGGACCCCCCCCCCCUUAACCCCCAACCCCGCCUUGAUCCCUUCCCCCUCCCCAACCCCCGACCCCCCCCCCGACCUUCCAAACAGGGGCUCGCUUGCGCGACGGGGCCUCUCGUUGACUCUGGUUUUCUGGCUGUGUCGUUUUAGCUACUACUUUGCACGAUGUUUUUAAUACUUAAAACCACAUUAUGUGCCUUGCAUUUGUUUAAAAAAACAAAAAAUAAUAAUUAAUAAAACUGUUUUUUUUUAAAGCCAUCGAUUUACUGUCCAUAAAGACACAAAAUAAUUAAUAAUAAUAAUGCUGCAUGUGUGAUUGCUUGCCAUUAUCCAGUUAUCAAAGAUAAAUAAAUUAUAGGUUGCCAUUUGUAUAAAAGCAGAACUUUCAAAAAGAAACAGAAAGACUUGAUCAAAGGACGCUGGUAAUGCCUGAAAUAGUGUAGUGGCAAUGAACGGGCCGGAUGCCCUAUUUGUUGUUUUCCUUCUUGUUACCCAUCUCAUUGAUGCUAUGAGUCCAAUUAAUUUGAUCAUUUCAUCUUUAAAAAAUGUUUUUUUUUCUUUUCAUAAUUAACAUUCUGGCCCGUUGUCUGUCUUCCAUCUAACGUUAUUGUUGCAAUGUAUUAAAAUAUGCAAUACAAAGUUUGUCCACUCAGCGUUUGGCUGGAGACGAAGUUGAGAAGUUCAGUGUUUCCCUGUUUUCGAUAUCGUUCUGAUUUAGAAACUGCAGAGUAAUGAGUAUUGUGUGGAGAAGUGGUUUCGUUGGUGUCAGCCAAAGUAUUGACCAUCAGCAGUGAUGAGCGUGUACUAGUAGAAAAGAAUUUGCAAUAGACGAACUUGACUGACUUUAGUCUAGUUUGUUGUUCUGGCUAUGCAGAUUGGAGGGCGAGUGAGAGGCAGGGUGAUAAACAGUGCGUAGGAAAGAGCCAUGUGAAAUGCCUUAACACAGAACAGAGCCUAAACAGUCCCUCUUACCCUCCCACAGACUAAAGCCCCUAUUCGAGGGAAAUGGCUUGAGGAGUUUGCCACAGAGUGGCUGAAAACUUGUGGAGACGGACGGUAAAGACAGACCUCUCUUUCUGGUCGGUUUUCCAUUCGACAACCAUUGAAUCUCACCCUUUUGUUUCAUGAAAGAGAGGGUCUGGAUUAAUUACUUUCAUAGCAAUGAUCUUCACAGCCACCGCUGAAGACACUUAAAUUGUAAUGUGAAUGUUUCCUGUGCAGUCCCGUCUGCUGUGUGGAGUUCGAUCGUAUGUUUGGAAAUCAGGAAGGUGUGCAUCAAAACAGGGUAAAUAAAGUGGGAAUAUUUUUAUUUUAUUUUAUUUUUUGGACUCAAGAGUGAAUACUACAACACACUACGAAGGUGUAAGGCUAAUUCCCUGGGAAGAAUUCAUCCCCGUCUUCCUCCGUGGGUCACAGAUCCCCGCGCUUGUGUGUGUCUACUGAUCUCCGCAGAGUCAGCCUACAUUUUGGCUUCCUUGGCACUUUGCUUUCUCUCUCAGAUUGUACUUAGGAGAGAGAGAGUGAGCGAGAGAGAGAGAGAGAGAGAGACCAUUAUGGAGACAGGAGUUUGACCCAAAACAGUCCUGGAGAGCACAGUUAAUAAAAUUGAUGAAUGAAUUAAUAGUAAAAAUGCUGGACAGACAGGUGGGAGAGGAGUGUGGAAUGACCUGAGAUUAAAAUUGAUGAGUUUUACUGGCAGUCGGGGGGGGGGAGGGGCGGGGGGCGGCAGAAAGGCAUAUGAACAAGGUUUCUGUGCCCCCCCCCCCCCCACUCGUUCCAGUUGUGCCUCUUUAACAGGGGAGGGGCCAGGAGGGGGGGGCGGACACCGGAGGCAAAUUCUGUCAUUUGUAAGAUGUACAGUUUUGUUAAGUACCUGACUUACCCUUUUUGUAAAAAUGAUUUUUAAAAUGAUUGGGGGGGGGGGGAGGAGGAGUACAAAAACAUGUACUUUACACUGGCUCCAGUAGAAUGUUUGGCAUUAUGUACCAUUUUUAGAAUUUUAGAAAAAAAAAAGCAUUUAUUAAUUAAUUAAAAAAUUAAAUUAGUUGACAUUUAGGAAUCACCAUAUUUAGGCCUGAGGUGCAUCCUCGUAUAGUUUUGCAUAUUCCUAUACUUGGCCCCCCAGUGUAGGCUAAUGGUGUUUCAACUGAUGCAAAAGAUGAAAAAUGAAUGAACACACACAGUGGAAAGAGAGUAGUUUUCAUGGGGGGGGGGGGGGAGAAUUGCACGUUCAUGUUUAAUUUGACCUGUCGAUUUUUUUUUCGAUCUUUUUUUCUCUAAGCGAUGCAAAGAUGCUUCAGUAGUUUUUUUUUUUUUGGCGAUAAUUUAUCAGUUGUUACUGCGCAGAUUUGCCGGGUUGAGAGAGUCAGUUUUAUUUGGGGCGAUUGUUGAGGGUCCGAAGAGGCCGCGUUCUGAAAAGACUGUUAUGCAGUGUACUGUGUUGAUUCUGCAAUGGACAUUGCAGUGCUGGUAGCUAUUGAGAUUGAACUCAAGAAUUAUUUUUAAAAAAAGAGAAGAAUUUUAAAUAAAAAAUGGCCAAGUGAGAGGUAUUGUUUACAUCCCCGUCGUAAGAUCCUGGUGGGGGACGGUUUUUUUUUUUGCACCCCACCGUCGCGGUUCCCGGCUGAAGCAAGUGCGAUAGUUUUAGGCAUUCCAUCAAAUCCAUCGUUCCCGCGCGCCAAGCCCAAACGCUGCCGCCAAUCAGGAAGCGGCUCCUCGUAUUUAAACAGGACAUGUAAUGAGACCGGAGUCUUACCCGUCGGGCAAUGAACACAACCCGUGCUCUUUUGUUCACUAUCCCGAGUAUUAGGGGCCUGGGGCCUGGUUUUCUAAGACUUUCAGCACGUGCAAAACCCUUAUAGCCACACACAAAACCAACAACGUGACCAACGAUUGGUCAUGGUAUUUGUUUUCGCACCGAUCACUGGUUGUGCUAAAAGGUUUUGCCUUGUGUUAAAGGUCUUAGUCAAAAAAAAAAAAAAAAAAGGGCUCUUAGUAUUUCAUUUUUUAAAUUUAUUUUUGAAGCACUCUCCAGAGCUGUGUGCCGCAGUGCAUUGUGGGCCACGAGGCCUGCUGUGAUUAGCAGCCCUGUUACACAUCUCCGACACUCGUUUAAUUUCAUUCAGCUAUUAAUACACUACACACCUCAGCGAGAGAGGGGCACCGCUAUUGGGCGAUGUAGCUGGACGAUUUCUUCGGCUACUACAUGCGGGGAGGUUCACUUGGACUCCUUUGGGCGAACGUAAGCGCGCGUACACACGCGCGCGACUUAAGACCUUAAACGAUCGCCGCUUGAAACCGGCAGUUCCAAAAUAGUUGUCUCGCGCUCCCCCCCCCCCCCCCCUCGCUGUACCCCGUCCGGCCGUUUCCCCUGAAGAACGGGGGGGAGACCCAGCCGUCUCUGUACAUGUCCUGUUGAAGAUUUGCACUGUUCCACUCACACAUUUUUAUGAUCCCGACACACAGCUUCAGCCGGGGACCAACACCUGGGGGGUUGCAGGGGGAAGGGGGGGGGGGGUGCGUGGGUGGGGGGCAGGGUUUUCAUUGUCUGGCACCUUGGUCUGGUCCUGUAGCACACCGUUGUCUUUUGAGUAGUAUUUGGUUCCCGACCCAGCUGAGUGGGACUAGAAACACAGGGUCGUUCUCCACGGCACACUCUUAUUUUAAUUUUUAAAAUUUUUUUUUUUUUAAAGUGGCCACAGGUGAUGAUUGAACUUGCUUUGAAUGACAUUAACAUGCAUUUCAAAAUCGAUGCAUGUAAAAAAAAAAAAAACAUUUAUUUUUUAUUUCAAUGCCCUUUUACUAAUAUUUUUUCUUUUGUAGUAAUUGUUGUUAUGAUUAUUAUAGGAUUGUUUAAAUUCGGACACGUUAGCCUGUGUAUAAACGCUUCUGUUGCAGUAUAUCGAUUAGAGCGCCACACGAAAAUGUACAUAUAACUACCGUUCUUUUCUUCUUUUAUUUUUUUUUGUAUGAGAAAAUACAUGUUUGUGUUUGUGUGUUGUUUUAGUUGUCAUAAGCGUGUGGCCAAGCCACAGUAUAUUAGAAUUCCUUCGGGGGUGGGGGGGGGGGAGAUCUUAUGUGGAUAGCGUGAGCACAUUACCGAUGCUUGAAGAAGGGUACCUGUCUUGCCGGUUUUCGACUUGAAACAUUGACUCCAGUAAUUUCAGCUUCGCUUAUCGUCAUUUUAAACGGAGAGAUUUUUGUCGUCGUCUUCAGGUCUAUCCUCGAGGGAAUAUGCAAACUCCAUUUGCCUUUUUUUCCCCCACAGUCUGUUUCCCGGGUCUGUGCUUCUUUCAUUUUCGGCAUUGUCAUACAACCCUUCGAGAUCACUCGCGCAGUUAUUAUUAUUAUUUUCUUCGUCUUUUGUUUUCGGCAGAUUGCACUAGAUAUGCUGGUUAUUGAUGUUUCGUUGUAGGAAAACCUCCUUCAAAAGUUUUUUUUUUUUUUUUGUUUGUCUGGAAAUACCUUCGAUCCUCUACCUGAGAGAUGAGGAGUUGAGGCAGUGGGAAAGAGAAAGAGAGAGAGAAUUAUGAAAGAGUGAGCAAGAAAAAAAAACAGCUGCUUUAAAUCCAACCGCUUUUUUGUAUUAUCUUUGGCCUCGUUUCACUUACAUAGCUAGCCAACGGGAAUAACUUUAUUUAGCCUGUUAUUGUAUUUUGUCUUGUGUUUCACUGACUUUGCAGAGCGAAUGACUUGAACUUCAGCUUAGAUGGUACAUAUUCUUUGGACUUGAUUUAGUUGUGAGCUGUGUUCUGGCAAAGCUAAGCUCUUGGAACAGUCCUUGACAAUCAUUGGAAGUGUCUGCUUUUUUUUUCUUUCUUUUUUUUAUUUUUAUUAAACUGGUUCACAUGAAAUGUGGACACAGUGCAGUUAAAUGUUGUUUUUUUAAAAAGCCUGUUUGUGAAGAUUCAGUCGCUAAAAAGGAAGUGUGUGUACCAAUCAGACGCGCUCCGCUGGAUGAGUCCAGGUCCGAAGCGCCCUCGCUUGGCUUCGAGUGCCUUUCUUGUGUCAGCCAAGCUGUGAAUGUUACUGUAGUUUUACUCAAGGGUGGCCUUGUUCUGCUCUGGAUGACAACAUAGUGGCCUGUUUCUGCUAAUGAGAGUGUGGGGAGGUGGGGGGUGGGGGUGGGGGUGUGGGGGUGUGUCUUCAACGCCAGCUACGCUUUUGUAUUUUUACUCUUUUUUAUUUUCUGAGGAGAGAGCUACAGUAAAUAUAGGCUUAUUGAAAUCAUGGCUCCAGAAACCUGUGUUAAGCUAUAUGACAGCAGAAGAUGGAAGGAAGUAAAAUGGCUGGUGCCUGGACUCCCUGAGUCUUGAUCCAUGGCCCUUUGUAACUCUUACAAGUCUUAUAAAGUUAUACAGUAAGCUGAGAAAUUAACAAAGAGCCCCCUUCUUUUCUUUUUUAUUACAAACUCAGGCAAUCGGAGAACUAAUUUAGCCAAGAGAAUUUUGAAAAUUAUAAUUAUUGUUAUCAUUAUUUACGUUCCUGUAAUACAAUUUCAUUUUUGGUUUCCAGUUGUGAUUUCCUGAUCUGUACGGCCGUGCGAGAGAAACAAAAUGGCGGGACGUUUUUUUUUUUUUUUCUUUUCUUUUCAGUACUCUGGUGUUACCUUAUGCACAGGGCAGGGCAACUCGACUGGGUCUGUGGGUGACCAGCUUCGGUUUCAUCCUCUGGUCUUGCACUUCCUGUAUUACACGUAAGAUCACAUGAAUUUAACCAGUCUUGAAUCUGCUAAUCAGACGGUACAUGUUUAUGCUGGGACCCACUGGUACCGGUGGAGUUACCCUUUCCCUGACCCAAAACAAGGGCUAUAUGGACUGACUACAUGCCAGGGCCAAAUGUAUAUCUCAGCCUAUUUACAACUUAAUACUGCUUAUUUUAAGAUAUUAACAUUUCUGCUGUGAAACAGCCACUACAGUGAAAGCCUUUUUGUGUGCAUUAGCUCAAAUCUAAUAAUCCCCAGCAGGCAGAGUUUACUGAACAGUACCAGGACAGGAGAUAAUCAAAUUUUGAUUUAAAAAAAAAACUCAUGAUUUUUUUUUUUACUGUUUAAAAAAGACAGUAAUGCACUUGGGAACUGGAAGUGAGAUUUUUUCCCCCACAGAUCUGUUUUUAAAAAAAUACCUGAAUUAAACACAUAAUGCUAAAUGCAGAAAACUUUGUGCACGAAUAGCUUCAGGAAAAUGUAUAAAUUUGCUCAAACUGUGCAUUUUCCUUUGAUCUGUAGUGACCUCGGGCUUUUCCUGUUUAAGCUUCUGUGAGGUCACAGCCGCGACAAGGCCUAUCAGAUUCCAUUAGAACCUUUGAGCUGUUAGGAUUCCGUGUGUGUACUGCCUCACGGGGCAACUGGGUACCUUUUUUUUUUUUUUUUUGUUUUAAAAAUCAUCUUUCUUCUUUUGAAUAAGCCAGCAGGUAAACAAAAUAAUAAAAAAAGACAGUGAAAUAGAUACAAAUAGUCAAUACCAAAAAUGAUUUCAACAAGCAGUGCCUGUCAUUUUACUGCAAAACCUUUUUAUUGUCCAGCAACCUUUGUGCUCUCUGUACAAUGAGCUACAGUGUCUCUUCUCACUUUCGUCAGAGUUCAAUGUCUUUUUCAUUUGUGCCGGGGUGGGCGUGGCUGUAGUUGUCUUGGCCCCGCCCAUCCCGCUGUGUUCUGCGCGCCGUUCACCAGGCAAGCUGUCAUGAUGGGACUCCCAUUCGGAGGUUAGAGGCGCAACAGUCUCCAGCUGAGGGUGUAGAAUCAGAACCAGAAUCUGUCCGGUUGAAUCUCCACGACAACAUUUUAAUGUUUCCCUCUGAAGAAAUUCUCCAGUAACAUGCCUGGGAAGCAGAGAUGCGCAUUUUCAUUCCACAGAUUCAGUGUUUAUUCAAGAGGGUGUUUUUUUUUUUUUUUUUUUACUGUUAAGCUGGGCUGUGAACCACUCGAUGAAAACCUCAACCUAUCAUGACAACUUGCGUGAUUGUUUCAACUUUUUUUGUUUGUUUUUUUGUUUUUGUUGGGUAUUCCGUUUGGUUGUUUAAAGCCUUCUUUUAAAGCAUGCUGUUUAAAUUUCUCGGCGAGUAGAAGUUGGUUUUAUCGGAGGUCGUGUGAGGUCGAGGUGCUUCUCAGAGAACACUCUAAUGCAGUGUUACAUUUUAAGGGGUUUUGCUUUUCACAUUAUACUUUACAAUAUUACCAUAGUAGUUUACCAUUAAUCGCUUGCUUGCUGCACACAUACACACUUCACACCAGGAAAGAGCAUGUGGGCCUUUAGUUCUGGCCUGGCCUAUUGAACCAACCAGGAAUCACGCUGGUUCAUAUAUAGUAUGUGGAUCACUAAUCACAGUAUGUUUGUUUUUUCUUUUGCUUACAGAAUUAAAAGCGCUUCUUCAUCAAAAUGUCAGUGAUCAUUUCUCACUGAAACAGCUGAAAUGUAAAAAUGCAAAUGCUUUUUUUUUUUUGUUUGUUUGUUUGUUUACCCCUCUUUGUCAUACGGUCAAAGAGGGUUUUUUUGGGAAGCAAAACUAAAUUUGCCACGUGUUUUUUUCAACUGGUGUGAGGGAAGACUUUCGAGCUCAGUUCCGACCGAAAAUUCGCGACGUGACGAGCUGCAGCUGGCGACUCUUCGCAGCCUUCUAAAACUCGCCAACCUGCUAUUAGACGAGUUGGAUCGCGCGCAACGGCGAGCGCCGGCAGCGGACGUUCUGAGAUGGGGUAGUUCGCGCCGCUCGCGACUCCUCACCGCAACGUUCUAAAAUUGUUCCGUUGCUUCGCGAAUCUUCGGUCCGAACUGGGGCCUUUACAGCUUUGACAAUAUUUGAUUAUAACAUUAUAUUCAGCCGUCGCUGUUAGCAUAAAACUCAUAACUGCAUUACUGGAAAUGAGGAUGUUCCCCUAUGCAACAAAAAAAAAAAGUAUAAAAAUAAUAAACAAGCUAUGCUACAACUCAGAA